GGUUGGAAGAGGAAAGACAUCAAUUAUUGAAAUUAUCACCCCAGGGAGCCACAUGAGUGUCAAUGGUGCUAUUAGUUUUAAAUUAAGUAAUGUAAUACUAAGUGUAUUGUAUACAAAUGUAAGAAUGAAAAGCCGUUGUAGUUUAUUUUUGUAAAUACCUUUUAGUGUUAUGAAUGAAGUUUAUUUUGGUUAAUUUAAAAUAACCAAACUCCAGUCUAUCACACUUGAGAGUUUAGUAAACACAAAUGAUUCUGCUGAUGCUGGAAAUCUUGAGCAACACACACAAUGCUGGAGGAACUCAGCAAGUCAGAAUGUUUAAAAGGGGCUCGGCCCGAAAUGUUGCCUGUUUACCUCCCUCCACAGACGCUCCCUAACUUGCUGAGUUUCUCCAGUGUUUUGUUGUGCGAAAGAGACUUGGAAGUAGUUAAGUCCUCCACAUUAGGCGGCGAUAAGGAAGAGCUGAUCCCACUUGGAUCUGGUGUACUCUUGUUCGCUGGCUGCUUGUUGAUCUGCCGAAUUGGAAAUAAACACUACUGCCAACGAGCUGAUCUCAGUGUGAGUGGGAGGUGUGACAGCAGAUAGCUGGAGAGUGGUGGCAGACAGUCAGACAUGGGACCAGUUCUGGACCUGCCGCAGUGCAGAUCCUUCGCCCCCGGGGGCUCGGGCUGAGCACAGAGGAUGCGUUUACGCGGUUCGGCAAACAGUAAACUCUGUUUCCUGCUCUGCUUGACUCUUUGCACUUCGCUUCUACUUCUGGCGGGGCUCCAGCAGUGGGGACGCCAGGAUUUGCAGGUCUCCAACUUCGGACAGUCCGCUGAAAGGUUUGGCAGUGCAAGCCAGGAUGGAAGCAUCUUCCAGGAGGAGAAGCGAGCCAGAGCCUUACCUGGGGGGUUCAGGAGUCACUCUAACACUGCAGCGGAAAGGGGACCCAGCUGGCACCGCUAUGCAAAAGCGGGCAGAUCUCAUCGGACUCACGUUAAAGAGAAAGGGCCCGUGAAGAGACCACCUCAGGGAGAUCAGGCUGGUCCUACGUCGGAGGAGGAAGGUGCAGUGUUGUGGGAUGCUCCCUGGCACAGUAUUUACACGGGGCUCGGCAAGCAUAAAAUGCAACUCAGUGACAUUUUUAUUGCGGUGAAAACCACCAGGAAGUAUCACAAAGCCAGACUGGAUCUGCUCUUUCAGACGUGGAUAUCAUUGGUCCAAAACCAGACAUUUAUCUUCACAGAUGGCGAAGACAAAGAGUUGCGGGAAAAGGCUGGAGGCAACAUGAUUAAUACAAAUUGCUCUUCUGCACACACACGCCAAGCACUUUGUUGUAAGAUGUCCGUGGAGUAUGACAAGUUCAUUGAAUCUAAAAAAAAAUGGUUUUGCCAUGUUGACGACGACAAUUAUGUAAACAUUCGCAGUCUGGUCUACCUGUUGUCUGCAUACUCGCACACCCAAGAUGUUUAUAUUGGCAGACCAAGUCUUGAUCAUCCUGUCGAAGCUGUAGAGAGGAUAAAGCGUGGUGGGUCGACCUCUGUGAAGUUUUGGUUUGCUACAGGAGGAGCUGGAUUCUGCAUAAGCCGGGGGCUGGCAUUAAAAAUGAGUCCCUGGGCCAGUUUUGGCAACUUUAUCAGUACGGCAGAGAAGAUCCGUCUUCCGGAUGACUGCACUAUUGGCUACAUCAUCGAAGGUCUGUUGGAGGUGAAGAUGAUUCACAGUGACCUAUUCCACUCACAUCUAGAAAAUCUGCAGCAGAUCCCACCGUCCACAAUCCCCAAACAGGUUACGUUAAGUUAUGGAAGUUCAGAUAUGAAGCGGAAUGUAUUGAGAGUCCAAGGACCUUUCAGCUUGGCAGAGGAUCCUUCACGGUUCAAGUCUGUACAUUGUCUCCUCUAUCAUGAUGUCUGGUGUCCUGCAAAAGACAGCGACCAAUGAAAAUAGUUCUACCUCCUUUUUCCAUCAAUUGCAUGUUUUGUGGAAGCUUCCAGGGAGUGAGAUAAUGACCUUCCUGUAGCGGAAAGGAAAAGCUGAUGCUCCAGGAAAUUUGAAGAAGUAAUUGAAGCAGAUAUCACUUUCCAAUGAGUCACUACACCUGCACAUGUUCUGCAAAAGAACUAAAACCCAAACCUUGAAUAUUGUAGUACAAAUGUCAUCUCUACCAUUAGAACUUGGAUUUGGUGGACUGUGUCUGAAUUAAUGAGUGUGAAAGCUGUGUGCCAAAGUGUGAUAGCUAUUCCUUCUGAACUGAACCAUCUCUUAAGCCUUGCAGUUUUACAAAAAGACUUGAGUUCAUCUCAUGCAGACAGACAUUUUUCAUUUUUCUGUUUGAUUAUUAGUUACCCUUAGCAAAAUGUUGUUGAAUGGUGUCAUCCUGUCAGCUCGGAAUUUUAGACUCCUUUUCGUGUAUGUGGUGUGUGCAAUCUGUUCUAAUGAUAACAAGUUGGCAGCUUGUCAGUGUUCGUUAUGCAGUUUUAGGCAGUCAGCAGUGAAACUCUGUGCGUUCUUACACAGAUGCCUCAUUACAUAUUGCAGUAAUUUCACUUACAUCUCCAUGAGAUGGUGAUUUCCUAUUGAUGCAUGUCACUGUUGCUUAAUAGUGCCAUUUACUGUCAUAAUUUUGGGACAUUUGCCACUGAAUCAUAAUAUAUUGACUGACUAGUCACGUUCCAGUACCAAUGCAGAGUAAAAUUAGUACUGAGCCAAACAACAAUGGUAGUUAUUGAAUGUUCAAGUUAUUGAAAUGAUUUGAUUACUUCGACAAAAUGAUCAUAAGAUGGUCUUGUUUUCUAAUUACAUGUGUUCAUACUACCUGUGCAGUAUUAUGUUACCAUUUCAAUCCUAAAUAACUUGCUUAGCUCUCUGUUUUACUUGGUAAACCAAUGGCAAAACCUGUUUAUUUUUUAAGAUUUUACUGCAGCAAAAUACACUAAGCACUUCUUUUAAAAUCUGGAAUACUUAAUCAGCUCAGUGCAGUCCAAUUUUGUUUCAGAUAGAGUAUAACUUCUGAAAAUGUAUGUAAAAUAAUUGCUUGCUUUCAAAAAUAAAGGGCUGAAUGAGCAGAAUGAAAGCGUAGUCUAAAUUUUAAAAAUGCUUCUGUAAUCAUACAAAACUCAUCUACAGUAUAUGAGUAAUUGUAUAUGGGUUUAGUCUUUGGUUUACUUGUUACACAACCGUCACCUAUUUAUCUUCUUGUGCUAGUUGUUAUUCUAUGCAGAAUGUUGUGGUACUUUAGUAAUAUUCUAUAAAUUAUUAAGAAGCCAGUAAAUGUGGGUCUACCUAGCCUGAUUUUGGAGCAAAAGUUUAGUUAGAUGCUCUAGAGUCAGUGCCAAGCCUGGAACCAUUGCCAAUCACAGUUAGCAAAAAAAAAACUGCUGGAGGAACUCAUUGGGUCAGGCAGCAUCCAUGAAGGCAAAAGGAGAAGCAAUGCUUUCAGUCAAAAUGUCAGCUAUCUCUUUCUCUCCAUCUAUGCUGCCUGACCCACUGAGUUGCUCUGGCAGUUCGAUUUGUGCUUCAAAUUAUAGCAUCUGUGGUUCUUGUACCACCAGUUGCAAUUGAUUGGCCAUCUGAGCAUCCUUGUUUCUUCACAAUAUGAUAAUGUUUAAUGCCACCAAUGCUGGCAUUACUGGGCUAUUUUCAAUUCCACUAUUAGCAGAACCUCCAUCAUUGGGAUACAUAAAAUUUAUUUAUCAAUUCUGACAAUGGUUUACGUUGAAUGCCAUACUCAUGGUACUGUGUCUAUAAUUUUAGUAAGUACACCUCUUGCCUAGUUUGUAGCAAACAUCUACAGUCUUCAAAGAUUGACAAUUGCACUAUCACUAAGUUUCAGUAUAGUACUACUGCUACUAUAAAUAAAGGGAAAAUUCCACAUUAUGGGAUUUAUAUGCAUUACAUAGCUUUAUAAAUCUGAUUAUUGUGCAUUUGUAUAUACUGGAAGUAUCUGCAUUCAAUACUCAAUAGAACAUAAUUGCAAAUGCAGUUGUAGAUUUUUACAAUCCUUCAGUGUACAUGGAUCCAAAUUCAAAUUUUACCUAUAGUCUUAAAAAUUCACAUUAUAUGGUGAAAGAAAUUUUAAAAUUUUGAAGGAAUUAACAAUCACUGAAAUCAAGUUUUUUCAAAUCAACGUGUCAAUAUUGAUUUGGAGAAUAAUGAACGUUACUUACUCAGCUGUCCUAAAUACAAUAUUUCUAUUCAACCUUCCCACCUCAAGAUUGUUCCUUUUUUGGACAUACAGUGUGGAAUGGGCUCUUCUGGCCCUUCAAGCACGCCACUCAGUAACCCCUGAAGAUAAUUUAUGACCAAUUAACCUACCAACAGGUAUGUCUUUGGACUGUGGGAAGAAAGCCACGCGGUCACGGGGUAACUCCUUAUAGGCAGCGGCAGGAAUUGAACCCAGUUCCCUGGAACUGUAAAGUGUUGUGCUAACCACUAUGCUACUGUGCUUCCCUUUCCUGGACUUAUAGUAAGGCUGUACAAGUCAUGUUUAUGCGAUGAACUUAUCAAUAACUACAGAUUAUUAUCAGUGUUCAAUUAUAAGAGUAGCAUGUUCUGUUAAAAGUCUAAUUAACAUAAGGCAAUCUAAUCUUUAGUUCGUGCUUUGAGGGCCUUGUAAAGUUCAAAUAAGGAUGUAAGAGAUGUGCACGGUGUUUAAAUUUAAUUAAAAUUGGCAAAUGAUAAAAAGAAUUUGGAGGUGGAAACCUGAAUCUCAGAAUCCUGAGUGUCCUGGUGGAAUUCCAAGAAAAUUACAAAGAUCUUGUUAAAGAGGUUCUGUGCCAUUGCAUAUAAUUUCCCGUUUAAAUUGAAUGACCAAAAUCCCCUUUAAGAGAGAAGUGGCAAUAAGGAGUAGUGAUUUUGCAUGGUAGAUGCUCUUAAAGAAUAGAGACAGAUAGAGCAGUGAUAGCUUUAUGUUAAGUGAAGUGAACCUUUCAGAAGCUUCAGGCGGCACCAGGGAACGUAAUUCCGAUAGAAUCACAUGGAUUAUGGAAUUAACUUGGUUCCCCAGAAAUUUAGAGUACUUUGAGAUUCCUAAUGGUUAUUGUGAAUAAGUAUUUGCAAUACUAAAAUGACUGUGAAGAAAUUAGAUGCUUUAAGAAUGAAAAUGCAUUUUAGUUUUUUAUUAUAUUGCUUUUCAUAAUAGUUAUUUGCUUUUAGAAUUGUAAAUUUAAAUGUUGAUCUGUUAGUUUGGGUUUUCAACUCAAGGCUUUAUGAUAUCUUUGGAUUAGAAAAAUAAUCUUGUACAUAGGUAAUUUUGAAAUUUUGUAUAAUUCUGUGUCUUCCCCAGCUGGAUUUAAAACAAAACAAAAAUGUAACCACUAAUGUAUGCAUAAUUUAACUAGACAACUGUCCCGGUAAGCCUCGGAAUUUGCUGAACAGCACAUUACAAUGGACUCUUUUUCAGAGCUAGUCACUAGGAUAUCCAGGAUUGAAUGAUGCAGUAAUUACUGAUAAUCAACAACAUGAUGCAAUCACAUCCAAUGAACUACAGUGAAACCAGACAAACCAGGAUAAUAAAUGUGGUAACUUGGUCUAUACUGAAAACAAGAAUACUGAACUGGUUUGAUUUAGCAAUGGUUCAGCAGUGACUCAGAAAAACUUGCCAAUACACAGUAUUAUUAUCGAAAUAUAAAAAUAAUAUCUUAUGCAUGUUUACAGCUGCAAAGGCCAAAGUCGUUUUUAA